ACUGCCUAACAUCCAUUUACUCCGACACCGUCCAACUUCCAAAACUGGUUUUUAAAACCAUUAAUUUUGUGCAACAUUUGAAAAUAAAUUUCAUAUUUCUUCAAAAUUUUCAGUGAGAAUAUUCCCAUCACCAUCUCAAAAGAAGCGCCAACGAAUUUGGAUCCAAUUCUUAUCAUCACUCUUCUCCACUGAUUCCUCUAAUCUAUCACCUCCCAAUUUCACAGCGUCAAUUCUUGGUGGGUGCCGCUUAUUUUCAGGCGCAGUGAUCGACAGUGCUGGGAUUGUCUCAACUACAGUAUCAGCCCGAGGAUUGCAAUGAUGGACAGGCUUAGUGUUUCAGCGCGUCUCAUGAUAGUUUCAGAUCUCGAUCAUACCAUGGUUGAUCAUCACGAUUCAGAGAACUUUUCUCUGUUGAGGUUUAAUGCAUUAUGGGAAGCCAAUUACCGUCACGAUUCUCUGCUUGUUUUCUCAACUGGAAGAUCCCCCACUCUGUACAAAGAGCUAAGGAAAGAGAAACCUAUGUUAACUCCUGACAUUACCAUAAUGUCUGUGGGAACUGAGAUAACCUAUGGCCACUCAAUGGUGCCUGAUGAAGGUUGGGUUGAUGUUUUAAAUCAGAAAUGGGAUAAGAACAUAGUCAUUGAGGAAGCCAGCAAGUUUUCUGAACUUACUCCUCAGGCUGAGUCAGAACAACGACCACACAAGGUUAGCUUCUAUAUUCAGAAAGAUAAGGCUCAGGCUGUUACCAAGGCUCUUUCUGAGUCUAUGGAGAGACGCGGGUUGGAUGUAAAAAUAAUCUACAGUGGAGGGAUAGAUUUGGAUAUAUUACCACAAGGUGCUGGAAAAGGACAAGCGCUUGCUUACCUGCACAAAAAAUUCAAGUUGAUCGGGAAACUACCAACUAAUACUCUUGUUUGUGGUGACUCGGGGAACGAUGCUGAGCUAUUUAGCAUUCCAGACGUAUUUGGUGUCAUGGUUAGUAAUGCCCAGGAGGAAUUGUUGCAAUGGCAUGCUGAAAAUGCCAAGGACAACAGCAAGAUUAUUCAUGCUUCAGAGAGAUGUGCUGCUGGAAUUAUACAAGCCAUCGGUCAUUUUAACCUCGGUCCAAGCACUUCUCUUAGAGAUGUCAAGGACUUCUUGAACUCUAGUCUGGAACCUGAAAGCAUUGGUCAUGAAAUCGUGAAGUUUUACUUGUUUUACGAGAAAUGGAGGCGUGCAGAAGUUGAGGAAUCUUGCUUCGAUCACUUGAAAAUAGCCUUUAAUCCAUCUGGUGUUUUUGUUCAUCCUUCUGGUCUCGAGCAAUCUCUCUCAGACAGCUUGAAUUCAAUAAAAAAGCACUAUGGAGAUUCUCGAGGAAAACAGUAUCGAGUAUGGGUUGAUCGAGUGCUGCCCACGAAGAUCGGCUUGGACUCGUGGCUCGUGAAGUUUGAGAAAUGGGAAUUAUCUGGCGAGGAGCGACUAUGCUGCUGGACAACUGCCAUACUAAGUUCAAAGGAUUCAAAUGGUGGCAAUGAGUUUGCUUGGUUACAUGUCCAUCAGACUUGGCUGGAAGGAUCAAAAGCAGAGCUUAGUUCAACCUGGCUCUUUUAGAUGGUUCUUUUCGCUCAAUCCAAAUCUUUUUAACACCACAACUAAGGCAAUGCUUCUAAUGCUUCCGCUUCUUAUAAAAAAUAAAUGUAAUUUGAUGGUUUUGACAUCUUUAUGAAUAAGUUUAAUAUCAUGAUUACUUUGAAGGCUUCAUUAUGAUAAGAAUGAGAUAUGGAACGGGUUGUUUGUGA